UCACGUCACGUGUAGCCAUUUGGUUCGGAUGUUCUACAGCUGCGAAAAACUACACUACCCAGCAUGCAGUGCGCAUGAGCAAGCGGGACAGUCUGCGUGCGGGGUGACGCACGGAGGGGCGGGGCAAAGAGUAGAGUUCCGCGGACAUGGCGGAGUUGGAAACAGCAGCUGAACAUGAGCGCAUUCUGCGGGAGAUUGAGAGCACGGAGACCGCCUGUAUCGGCCCUACACUGCGGUCUGUGUAUGAUGGAGAAGAGCAUGGACACUUCAUGGAUAAACUGGAGCUGCGGAUAAAGAACCAUGACCGUGAGAUUGAGAAAAUGUGCAACUUCCAUUACCAGGGAUUUGUGGACUCCAUCACUGAGCUGCUGAAAGUGAGGGGCGAGGCAGAAAAGCUGAAGAACCAGUCGACUGAUACCAACAGAAGACUCCAGCUGGAAGGGGCUGAGUUAAUCUCCUCAAUGAAAGAAUUACAGCAGUGCCGAAUUCAGCAGAGGAAUAUUGCAACCACGGUGGAUAAGCUGAACAUGUGCUUGCCAGUGUUGGAGAUGUACAGCAAGCUGCACGCUCAGAUGAAGUCUAAAAGGCAUUACCCAGCACUGAAAACCUUAGAGCAGUUGGAGCAUUCGUUCCUGCCCCAGGUCAGCCACUACCGAUUCUGUCAGGUCAUGGUGGAUAAUAUCCCAAAACUGCGUGAGGAGAUCAAAGAUGUUUCUAUGUCAGACCUGAAAGAUUUCCUGGAGAGUAUCCGCAAGCACUCGGAGAGAAUAGGGGAGACUGCCAUGAAGCAGGCUCAGCAGCAGAGGACACUGGACAACAUUCUGUCUGUACAGGGCAAGCGAGGCCUCGCCAAGAGACCUAGAAAAUGCCCAAGCCCAGAGCUGAAUGGCACUAGCCCUAUGUCUGAGCAGGAUUCUGGCAUUUUGGAUGUGGAGGAUGAAGAAGAGGAGGAAGAGGCCCCCGGGACACAGGAUUUGGUUGAUUUUUCUCCUGUAUAUCGCUGUUUGCACAUCUACACUGUACUGGGUUCAAGGGAGACCUUUGAAAACUACUACAGGAAGCAGAGAAGAAAGCAGGCAAGGCUGGUCUUACAGCCGCCAUCCAACAUGCAUGAAACAUUGGACGGAUACAGAAAGUACUUCCACCAGAUAAUAGGCUUUUUUGUGGUGGAAGAUCACAUCUUACAUACAACACUUGGCCUCGUCAAUAGAGCCUACAUAGAUGAACUGUGGGACUUGGCCUUGUCCAAAACAAUGGCAGCCCUGCGGACACAUUCGUCCUACUGCUCCGAUCCCAACCUGGUGUUAGAUCUGAAGAAUCUCAUAGUCCAUUUUGCUGACACACUGCAGGGUUAUGGUUUCCCAGUGAACCAGCUGUUCGACAUGCUGCUAGAGAUCAGAGACCAGUACAGUGAGAUCCUACUGAAGAAAUGGGCUCUAUUAUUCAGAAAUAUACUAGACACAGACAACUACAGCCCCAUCCCGGUGACUGACGAAGAAACUUACCGGAAGUUGGUAGGGCAGUUCCCUUUCCAGGACUCUGAAGUAGAGAAGCAACAGUUUCCUAAAAAGUUUCCCUUCUCGGAAUUUGUACCCAAAGUGUACUGUCAGAUCAAGGAGUUCAUCUACGCUUGUCUGAAGUUCUCUGAGGAUUUGCACCUAAGUUCCACAGAAGUGGACGACAUGAUUCGGAAGUCCACAAACCUGCUGCUCACUCGAACACUAAGCAACUGUCUGCAGAAUGUCAUCAAGAGAAAGAACGUUGGCCUUACAGAGCUUGUACAGAUCAUCAUCAACACCACCCACCUGGAGGUCUCCUGUAAGUACCUGGAGGAGUUUAUCACCAAUAUCACCGGCGUGCUGCCGGAUACAGUACAUACAUCCAAACUCUACGGCCUGACAACGUUCAAGGACGCUCGCCAGGCUGCAGAAGAAGAGAUCUACACCAAUUUGAACCAGAAGAUUGACCAGUUCCUGCAGCUAGCCGAUUACGACUGGUUGGUAUCUGAUCCCAGCACGCAGGCCAGCGACUACCUUGUAGACCUUGUUGCCUUCCUCAACAGCACCUUUGCCGUCUUCACCCACUUGCCAGCUACUUCAGACACCCACUCCAGAAUGCCGGGGAAAGUGGCUCAGACUGCCUGUAUGUCGGCCUGCAAGCACCUCUCCACUUCUCUAACGCAGCUGCUGCUAGAGGCAGAAGUCAAACAGAUCACCAUGGGGGCCCUUCAGCAAUUCAACCAGGAUGUCAAGGAGUGUGAAAGGUUUGCCAGAUCCGGACCAGUGCCUGGGUUCCAAGGCGACACGCUGCAGUUGGCCUUCAUCGACUUAAGACAACUAUUAGACCUUUUCAUCAAAUGGGAUUGGUCCACUUACCUGGCUGAUUAUGGGCAACCUACAUGCAAGUACCUACGAGUCAACCCCACUACAGCCCUCAUCUUAUUGGAAAAGAUCUAUCGGGUGAUGAAAGACCCCAGCCGGAAAAACAAUGUUUUUGCUCAGUUCAGGAAAAACGAGAGGGAUAAGCAGAAGCUCAUAGAGACUGUGGCCAAGCAACUUCGAAGUCUAAUCAACAGCCACCAUUCAUGAGAAUGACACUACGGUCCUAACUGGAAGAUGACUGGACAGUGCCAAAUGCUGUACACUAAAUGAGUGACUGUACCGUCCUUUUAUUGGCAACGGGAAAACCUUAUCUAGACUGCAUCGUGUAUACGGCAGACAUGAUAUCUACUUCAGUAGCCGUAUGCAGACUGGUGGCCUCUUCGUAGACGUGUACAGUUCCAUGCUAAACAAGGGAUAGACGUUGUAUUGCUUUACUAGGUGGUGGGUGUUACUUUCUAUUGCACUGAUCUGGGAGGUUCCAUGACCUAUACAAUGUUAGAAAACAGUAAUUUCCUUUUUUUUUUUUUUUGUACAAAUUACGUAACUUUUUUUCUUUUUGAGAGGCUGAACUGAUUUUACUGGACAAGGUAGGAGGAAAAUGGACAGUUCUCAGUAUAUAACCUAAGCACUGGUCUCCUGAAACCUAGUCUACUUCUCCCAGUAUUCCAAAACUGACUACUACCUGGAACAUGUUGAUCCCUUCUUUACUAGAAGGUGCCACAGGGUAUUGCUUUAUUAACAUAGUAUGCUGUGAUACUAAGAAAUGGCAGCAAGUUGCUCCAUGAACUGACAUAUGCAGGAGAAGGUAAGCUGCGUAUCCUUUCAGACAUGGUUGGCCUACUCCAUAACCCAAGGCAGCCAAUCAGAUCUUCCCUCUGACUUUCCUUGAUAGUGGUUUCUUGGAGCCAUGUCUGUCAGUAGAUGUUUAUGAUUCCCAAGUAAUUAGGACAAACUGUCUUCCGGAUACCCAUGGCCAUCCCAAUUUUGUACUUGUGUUUGGAGUACUAAGGAAACAAUGAAGCUUAACAAAGUUUCCCUACACUGCAGUAAAGCGCACUCCUAUUUCCAUUCCUCAAAUCACUUCCUUCAUUAGAUGAGGUUUGUCUGAAACUACAGUUGUACUUAUAUCACAGGUUUCAUAUUCUAUACCUAGCUUGGGUUACCUUAUAUCAUGUCUUCAGUACUAAGGACUUCAAAUAAUCCCCACUGAUGAAUUUUGCCAUCAUGCUUGAUGUGCAGUCAAGCAAUAAUAAUCAAUACAGCAUGGUACCAAGUAGGGGGGGACAUGUUUCCCGGAAAUGGUCUUCAUAUUGCCAAUAAAUCUUUCCAGAGAUGAAGAAAGAAUCUUGAUACAAGACUAUAAUUAUUUCAUAAUACCAUGCUUAAAGCAGGUGAUUUUAUUUCUAGACUUGACUGAGUAUUUAAACCCCAUCCUGACAAUAUGUGCCCUUGUUUCUUACUUCAUGCGUGUUAACCACCCUGACUUAGUCUUUCCUCCUGAUGAUGGAGAUACUGUAAAGUUUCCAAGAACCCAAGUUCUCAAGAGUAGUCAGGACAUUUUAGGUGCAAUCAAACAACUCUUAACAAACUUUACUGCAGAGUCUCAAUGACCCAAAAACAUCUGUAAUUUGGUGGUCUCUGACACCUGCACCAACGUGCCCUCGCAAAUCCCUCUUCUCUUGUAGUAGAUAGGCUUCAUGUAGGUGGAAUGUUUCAAAGAACUACAUCUUAGUCACUUAUCAUGAAAAUCAGUUGGCCAAUGGGUUUAAGUUGAAAUUUGGAAAUAAGGGUGGGGUUUAGGGUGUAGCAGGAAGGACAUGGCCCCUGUGUCAUGGGAAGAAUAUGGAUAAAGUACAUAGAAAAUUCAUUAUAUAUUUUCAGUAUGUAAAUCAGGGCCCAGCCUUGCUGAAUGUAAUCACCACUGACCGCGGUUCUGACUGUUUCCUUACCUGCAGUUGACUAGUUAGAAAUAAGUGCUGAUUGGUUGCUGUUGGUUUUUGCAGUGGUGCAAUGUAGCUUCAGCUGCACCAGCACUUUAGCCCCCAGUAAAGAAUAGGUGGAGCCCACAAGCUGGAUCUGAUGGGUUAGCAAUGCAUUAUAGCCCAUGUUAUCCAACAGGCAUCUUAGAGGCAUUUCUAAUGCUUACUUUUCCUUUAAGCAAUGUAGAUGCUAGGUGUAACCAGUCCACCUAGUCCUUCAACUGGGUAACACUUCAGUGAAAAUCAUAUUAAUUGUCCUGCAAUUAAAUACAUCAAUACACAAUAAUGUAUACAUGGGAUGUUCCCCAGUUGCUACUGAACGAUUAUUUAAGGCUUUUGGAAUGAGUAGAUGGAAAAGGCUGGGAAAGGUAAGAACAUUAGAGUUACGACCCAAAAGGAGACUGUGGAUUAUUAUCAAUCUACAUUGUGCACUUAUUCUGGAACAGAACACAUUGGCCAUGAAAAUGUGGAGUUGAUCCUUUGGAACAUGCCCCAUUUAUGCUUGCGAUUAACAUCUGAAACCCAGAAAGGAACUACUACUCUGUCCAUUUUUUUCUUGACUGCCAUCUUGAUAAAGUCUUAACAUGAUUUUGUUCUUGAAGUUGAUUUCAUGGUCAUGAUCUGCAUCCCCGCUGUCGCCCAACAAAGUGCUUGCCUCAUUUUUUCAUGAAGUGCCUGAGUUAGUUCCAUUAUUACACCCCAUGCUCCAUUGUGGGUGCUUAGUAGGACCCUAAGAAAUGCAUUGAGCUUCCAUGACUUUGGGGAAUCAGAAGUGUUAAUCCUAUUGAGUCUGACCUCUGGCCCAUAGUAGCAGAAAAGAUGUCUCACAGAUUAAUCUCCCGUGCAGAGCCAAGAACGGGUUCUUACUUGUGAAUGUCUUCUUUGGAGUUCAUUGAAAGCACAAAUUCAACAUUGCCACCAUUCAAUGUUUACUUUAGAGCUGAGCCAAACUAUAAACUGCACAACCAUGAGAACAGCUAACCGCACAAUGCUCAUUGCCUUCCUACUAGCAGCUUAAGCAGCUCAACAUGUUGCCAUACUUCCAAAAUAUCCCUCCCAUAGGGACCUGGUAUUAUUCUCAAUAAUGCUGAUUUUCCUUUAUCAUAAGACUGAACUACUGGAGAAACCGAUAUGUGAGAGCUGACAGCUGGAUGAUAAAGGGAAUUCUAGGUGUAGACACCUUAAAAAAAGAGUAGGGGAUCCUGUCUGCAAAACCUGCACUUUUUAACUCUUUCUUGUGCCAGAGAAGAGACUGCUGGGUUAGUAUACACCAGCUGUGGGCUAUGAGGACACUGUCGGAGCCUGAAAUGGUCUGGUUGUACAGUAAACAAGGCAUUGAAAUAAAGGUUGAAAGUUAAGAAGUAUGAUAGACAUUCGUGGAAUGUUCACCUGGGUCACAAGGCUUAAAGCUCGUAGGAGAUCUAUUGACUGCAAUGAAUGCUGUACUCUCCCUUUUGUACAAUAUCACAGCCCUUCAAUAAUAAAAGCAAUUUCAGUUGUGA